GCUCCGGGUGACCUGCCAGCCAUGGUGAACCUGGGUCUGUCCCGGGUGGACGACACCGUGGCCGCCAAGCACCCGGGACUGGGGGAGUACGCCGCGUGCCAGUCGGAGGCCUUCGUGAAGGGCAUCUUCACCUUUGUCACAGGCACUGGUGCAACCUUCGGCCUGCAGAUGUUCAUUCGGAGGAAGUUUUCGUACCCCUUCCAGUGGAGCGUGCUGGUGGCCGUGGGUCGGCACAGCUAAGAGAGCUCCAGCUGGGGCGCAGAAGACCUGGGGCCAGAAACUUCUAGAACAUAGCCCUCAGGGCCUCCUCACCUCAGCCUCGCCCUCCCCCCUCACAGCCUAAGGUGACCCAACGGUGUCCCCUGCACACAUGCAUGGCCAGGUCUGCCAACCCUGUGCAAACCUUUACUCCUGCCCAGGUCAGGCCAGAGGGGCUGUCCCUGCGGUGGUUGGUCUCCCAGAGGACAGUGAGAAACAUGGUGGACGCUGAGAGCUGGAAAGGAUCAGAGAGGCCCUGGGCACUUGGUGGAAGGGACUUCUGCAUGCCCUGGUGCUCUGACACUCCCUGUCUGGCCCUGGCAUGCCCCACAGUCAGAGGGGACAGCUGCUGCUGGGGGUUGCUGGACAAAUAAAUGCCUUGCGUUUUCCCAACUGAGUUCGAAAACAAUUGGGAAGCACGUCAAAGCAGUAAGAAGAUGAGAGACAAAUGCCACCUUAGCACCAUAUACUGACACUGGGGCACCUGCUGGGGCAGCUCCUAACACAGCCCCAGAAUCAGACGGUUCCGCAGGCCUUCCCACAUGGGGUCUGCUUCCACACAUCUAGCCACGGGGGAGCAAAGAAGGUGUGCAGCCAGUUAGCACCUGGCCCCCAAGAGACAAGGCACAGGAAGUGGCCAUGCCUACCCGCCUACCAUUCCAAACACACCUAUCAGGUUAAGUCACUUCGCUCCAAGGCAGGAGGAGGUGAGGGUCCGUGGAGGGAGGCCAGAGCUAGCUUACUGGAGUUCUGUCCGCAGGACUACAUACCCCAACCCCCCGACCGAGGGAGAGGCAUAGAUAUGUUACAUAACAGCUGGGCAAAUCCAUCGUCCUGUACAGUUGACCGUACACGACACAGGGCCACGCUGCUCCAGCCCCAGCCCAACUCCUGCACCUCUUGGCCUAGCCAGUCAUUCAAAAGAAUAUUGAGCACCUACUAGGCACCAGGGAAUCAGUUAGUGGGAAGGCAAAAUGACAGGAAGCCAAAGAUAACCAUGGCAUGAGCAAGCUGGGGUUGGGGUUUACUUUCAUGUAAUAGUCCAAGUGGGUGAUCCGGGGCUGAUAGGUGGUCAAGGACCCAGGCUCCAUUCAGUCUGCCCCCUGUUGUCAUGGCCUCUAUUCCUGAUGCACCUCAUGGUUCCACGCAGCCGUGCCAGCUCCAGCCAUUGUGUCUUCAUCCCAGUCACUAGGGAGGAGGACAGUUCACUCACCACUUGUGCUUACACUCCAUUGGCCAAAACUAAGUCAUGCGGUAUACCCAGUGCCAAGGUGCCUAGGAAGACAGCCUUGUUCAGGGCAGCCGCGUAGCCCGCUAAAAUUCAAGGGUUGUAUAUCUGAGGAAGAAGGGAGCCAGGUCUGUGUACCGCCAGGCAUUCUCCCCCGGCCUCACCGAUACUGAGGGACAGUGAGCAGACUUUGCCUGAGGCCCAGGGAGAACGGGGAAGGACCGUGCCUGUGACUGGUCCUGCCAAACCCCUGAGGUCUCAGAGCGACAGCAGAAGGUGAACCUGGAGUUUUAAAUGGGACUGGAUUCACUUUUUAAAAACUGGCAAUGACCAGGAAAGCUAAAAUGUCUGCGUGAGGUCUUAGACAGCAUAUGCGUGAUGGCCAUGGUUAUGAACUGUGUGUCCCCAGAUUUACAUGUCACGGCCCUAACACUCAGGACCUUAGCAUAUGACUGCAUUUGGAGACAAGGCCUUGAAAGAAAUGAUUACAUGAAAAUGAGGGGGAGCCCUGAUCCAGUCUGGCCCAUGUCCUCCUGAGGGGAGGAGGACACAGACACGCACGGAGGGACGACCUUGUGGGGACACAGCAAGAAGACAGCCGUCUCCCAGCUCAGGAGGAACCAGCCCUGCCUGGCUGAUGGGGACCUUGGCUCUUGGCAGCCUUCGGGGCGGGGCGGGGCGGGGCAGGGGGCCUGAGAGCGGGUGGGAAAGGCCGAGGGUCUGCGUGAUGGUGGAGAGUCUGGGAUAUGGGACUCAGGUGGCCUCUGAAGUGGAAGGGGAUGAGGCUGGGGCCUGGCCAGGUCUCCUGGGGGAGAGAGGGCAUCAGUUUAGGUCGCUGGUCAGAACACUGAAGUCCUGGGUGGUGCACGGGCCUGGGAGUGGACAUGGCUUCAGAGACAGAUCCCAUGGGCUACUGUGUCAUGUGACCAGGGGCAGGUUCUAGCUCACCUGGAUGCCCCGGCCACAGGGGAGAGGCACAGCCACCUCCGGGCCUGGGGACGAGGCCAGGCCUGGGCAGUUUUCCUGAGUGGGGGGCAGCCCCUGUCCAUUGGCCCCUGUCCAAUGGCUGCACCUCGAUCUCAGACUCCCAGCCUCCAGGAUACGAGACAAUAAAUUCCCACUGUUGCAGCCACGUGGGCUGUGGCACUCUGUUAUGGCAGCCCCAGCCAAUUCAGGCAGCGUGGCCAGAAACAGUAACCUAGCUGGUAUGCACCCUGGGAUCCCAGCCUGUCGGGUUGGGGCACACAACUCCAAGGGCAGCGUGGGCCGGGGAUGACCCCUCCCAGAGUAAGUGACACCUAAAGCUAGACCCAGGAACUCCCCCAGGGAAGCGGAGGCGGAGCAGGAUGGCUCCAGGCAGCAGGCGAAGGGCAGGGAGAGAUGGGGCCUCACAAGCCAGGUCGCCCAGGGUGCAGAGUCUGAGCUUGGGGUGGGGUGAGGGAAUGGAGAUCCCAUAAGGCAGAGAUUGGAAGUUUUAGGAGGCUCAGAGGACAGCCUGGGGGUGUGGAGGGGAUGGGGAGGGUACAGGGGGCUGGUGUGGGGUACACUGUCAAACCACCCCAAAUCACCAUGGCCCUGUGGAAGGCGCCUCCACCCUGGCAGUGCUCCUGAGCAGAGAGCAGCCUAAGACCCACGCAUCCAGGGGACAACCCCAAGGCUGACUGGGAGCAGGGGGUGGGGGCAGGGCGGGCCAGGAUCUCCAGGGUUCCCUGAACUGGACAUCGAGAACCUCAGCCCUCAUCACAAUGGGCCAAGAUUCCGGGACAAUCUGAAGUGCAUGCGGUUCUGCUGAGCAGGCCCAGCACAGGGAGGGCAGGAAUGCAGAGGGUCCCUGGAGGACCCUGAGGGCUACCAUGAAGAUGCGCAGCGAGGCAGAUGUGGACGAGCAGAUCCAGGAGCUGAAGACAAUCACUCGGCUCCAAGAGCAAUGUCGGGCACUGCAAAUCCAAGCGGUAAAGGAGAAGAGUGCCAAGAACAAAACCAUGCUGGCUCUCCUGAGCAGCAACAUCCGACGCGGGGCCCAAGAUUGGGUUUUGGCCAAUAAGGAUGACCAGCGGACCAUUUCCAAGGCUUGCGGGAAGGACGCGUCCAUGAGGCUGGCGCACUGCCGCUCCUCCAUGGAGGUGGCGCGGGAGAAGCUGCGAAAGUACGUCUUCGACCGCGUGAACGUGCACAACGUGCUGAUUCACCUGGUGCGGCGGCGGGGUCAGAAGCUGGAGAGCAUGCAGCUGGAGCUGGCCAGCUUGAGGAGCCAACCGGACGCCACCAAGGAAGAGCUGCGCAUGCUACAGAAAGCGCAUCCUCCGGGGUCAGACUCCAGGUGGGCAUUCCGGUGGGCUGUCCCCAAGCACUGUGUGCCCUCGGGCCACCCCCAGGUCAUCCGCCAGCUGGAGAACAACAUUGAAAAGACCAUGAUCAAGAUCACCACAAGUCAGAACAUCCACCUGCUGUACGUGGACCUGCUGGAUUAUCUGAAGAAAGUGAGCCCCCUCACCCCACACCCCAGCCCAGGGAAGCCAUCUGGCCGUGAGCACAGAAGUCUCAGGCCCCAGCCUAGGUGCAGUGCAUCUCAGUGGGGACAGGAGCCUCUGGGGCAGGGCCACGCUCCCCGCCCCCCCGCAGGGGAGGGGCUGCAACUCUCCUUCAGGCCAGUGUGCCCCAAGGACAGACCCCUGCUUUGGGCCCCAGCUGAGCAGGGGCACCAUGUAUCUGUAUGUGGAAACUUGUUAGUUGCUUCUUCAAAAAGGCAUAUUAUGGGAUAUAUCAGAAUUGCUUGGGUUUUUGCAUGUAUUUGAUGGUUCAAUGUUUUUAUUUUGCCCCAUCCUUUCUCGCUUGCCUGGCCUCUAGGGCAAAAGAUGGGUCCUGAGCCCUCAGAAAGUGCCCUAACAUCAUAGAGGGCAAGUCACCUCUGAGCAGGCCGGUAACCCCGUGCUUGCUGCCCACCUCUUCCAAGCCGCCCACCCUGCCCCCAGCAGAUGAGGCCUGGAGGAGGCCCCCGGGGGCCAUGAGUCCUGCUGGGAGGCAGGGCCUCUCCAUGAGGAG